GUCAAUGUGAGAUUGUAAAACAUAGAAACGCUGGUGCUAGUUCUGGUAGACAUUUAGAUUUGGACAUGGGGUCUAUAGACACCCCAAAUCCUUGGGCACCUUAUGCAAGUUUUAGGGAUUGUUCACAAGGGAUUUGCAGCAUAUACUGCCAACAGUGGUGCAGCAUAAUUUUCACUCCUCCUCCUGAUCCACCAAAUGACUCUGGCACCACCUUCUCACCUCUCAUAAUCGCGGUCAUCGUUAUCUUGGCAAGUGCUUUCAUUCUGGUAAGUUACUAUACUGUCAUCAGAAAGUAUUGUAGGCGAAGAGGCAAUCGAAACCCGAGUCUAGAAUUUGAUCCAAAUCAAGAUCAAGUGACUCAAAGCCAGUGGCAAGUUGGUUCAACUGGACUAGAUGAAUCAAUUAUCAAGUCCAUAACUGUUUGUAAAUAUAAGAAAGGUGAAGGGUUGAUAGAAGGGACAGAUUGUGCUGUUUGUCUUAGUGAAUUUCAAGAAAAUGAGAGCCUAAGGUUAUUACCAAAAUGUAACCAUGCUUUUCACCUCCCUUGCAUUGAUACAUGGCUCAAGUCUCAUUCGAAUUGCCCGUUAUGUCGGUCCAAUGUUAUAUCUAUGGUUCCAUUGCCUUCACCACCUCAAAAUCCACACAAUUUUUCUACUCUCAACAUAUCUGCCUUUGAAAUUCAGCAACAGAAUGAUCUGAUUUUAGUUGUUGAUGAUCACGAAAGGGGUCAUAGAGAAGAGGUGGUUGUUAGCCUUGUUAGUGAUGAUCUUCCUAAGAACAGCUUUCAAGCUUCAUGUUUGGUGCAGAAUUGUGAAAUUGGACAAGAGGGUGUUCAACAACAGUUUAGAAGAUCAAUCUCUUUGGGUUCAUUUUCGAGCCAACGCCGUCUUCUGAUUUCUGAUAUACUACAGAUUGGUGAAGAUGAUGAGGAUUUAAGAGUAGAAAACACUCGAUUUUCGAUCGGAAUUGGUUCCUCCAAAGAUCCUCCAGGGGAUCAUAGCAGAUCAGCAAUGAACAGAUCAAUUUCCACAGGGAAAUUCAUGGUCACACGGCAUGACAAAGGAAAGAAUUCAGUCCUUCCCACCUGAAAACUAUAAUUAUUGUGUAAAUAAUAGGGAUUUCUUUGAGCUGUACAUUAAGAGCUUUUUAUCAAAACAUAUGAAAUCUACAAGCAGGGAUGUUUACUUUUCUUUCUUACUUUUUUCAAUGAACUGUGUG